AUGAGUACUAGCAAGAAGACAACUGAUAUUGCCUCUACGUCUGGAAGCAAAUCAGAACCUCAAAUUGUUCAAGAACUUCUUGAUAGAAAGUUAUCUGGUUUAAAUAUCAAACCUAUUGAUUUAUCAAAAGAUUUUGCUGAUAAAUUAGAUACCACUUUUGAUUAUAAAAAUGAAGUUUGGUCAGAGUUUAAUAAACUCAGAGGUUAUCCCAAAAAGAAUAGUAAGUAUGCUGAUAAACCCAGAAUGCAAACUUAUUAUUAUAAUCGUCCUACUCCUCAAGAUGUUUUAAUAGAGGAACGUGAUUGGAAUCAGACUAAUACGUCUUAUAGUGGUUUUACUGGCCAGCUUCGUGGCUGGUGGGAUAAUUAUUUAACUGCUGAUGAAAAGGAAAUGGUUAUUAAUGCAAUAGCCACUGACGAAAGAGUUGAUAAUUUAGGCAUGGCUCUAGUGAAAAAUAGAGAAGAUGUUGUUUACACCCUUGUUCUUACCAUAUUAGAACAUUUCAAUGGUAGAUUUACCAAUCAGAACGAGAUUGUCCGUACUCUGCUAAAUGGCCUUAGAUGUAGGACCUUAAGCGAGUUUAGAUGGUAUAAAGAUAAUUUUAUGAGUAGAGUAAUGGAAUUACCCGAAAAUAAGUAUGAACAUUGGAAAGCUAAAUUUAUAGAUGGCCUUCCCUCCUUAUUUGCUGAAAGAGUUAGAAAAAAUCUAAGGGGUAGCUAUGGUGAAAUUUUAUACAAAGAUUAUAUCUAUGGAAAAUUGAUAGGAAUAUGCACACAAGAAGGAUUAAACUUAUGCAAUGAGUUAAAAUUCUCCAGACAGCUUAAGAUGGAUAAGCUUAAGGAGAAAAAUCAGUUAGGAGACUUUUGCACCCAGUUCAGUUUACCUGAGACUUCUAUUCAUAAGAAGAAGAAACACAAGUAUCAUAGAUACCCUAACCCAGACAGUCCUUAUAAGAAAAAGAGAUCAAGAUAUAGGUCCAAAGAAGAGCGUGAUGCUAACAAAGCCCAUCGCAAGUCUACCAGAUUUACGAAAAAUAGGUCCAAGCGAGAUCUUGCUGAUAUUAAGUGUUAUAAAUGUGAAAAUUUUGGCCAUAUAGCUUCAAAUUGUAAGCUUCAAAAGCUAAAAACCUUAGAACUAGAUGAAGAGUUACGUGAUAAGGUUUAUGGUUUAUUAUACACCUCUGGUGAAGUUAAAAACUUGAAAAGAGAGAUCAAAUCUCUUAAACAAAAUCAAAUGAUUUGUGAUCAUAGGAUUACUCAGAUUGAGAAAAUCAAUUCUCCAGCUGAGAAAUCUGACGAUAAAAACAAAGGUAUUUCUGAAAAUGAUAUUGAAGAAAAAUCUAUUAAAAUUGUUCCAUAUGAAAAUAAUUUCUCUGAAGAUGAUAUUUCUACAAAAUCUCGACCUUGUCAGAUGAACGCCGAAUUAUUAGAAUUCUGCAAAAAAGAGAUUGAUAACUUGUUACAAAAGAGUUUGAUAAAACCCUCAAAAUCCCCUUGGUCUUGCACAGCUUUUUAUGUUAAUAAUGCUGCUGAAAAAGAACGUGGUAUUCCUAGAUUGGCUAAAAAAGGAUUAUAA